GUACUUGGGCAAAGCUCUCGCGAGAGGUGCCAAGGUGCCGGUGCGCAUGUGGGGCUGCUGGUCAUGGAGGGUUGAGGGGCGCGUUGGGGCUGCGCUGCUUUUUUCUGUCUCUUCCUCCUCUCUUGCGGUCUCUCCUCCGCUCCACGCCCCUCUGGCUCUCACAGAGGGCAGGUGUCAGGCCAAGAGGGAAUUCGGGGGGUUUUGCGCCCCCCCGGGAGCCAUUUUGCUCGCCCCGUUCGCACCUCCAGUCUUUGCCCCGCACACUGAGGGCUGAGCCGCUGCCUCCCCACCGCGUCUCCACUGGCGGCCGGAGCAGAGAUGGGGAAGGCGGCGAAACGGAAGAAAAAGGUGUCAGUGCCCUCCACAGCAAAGGGCCCCGUGAAGUCAGCGAUGGCCGUGGUCAAGAGCAACCCCUUUGAGGUGAAAGUCAACAGGCAGAAGUUUGACAUCCUGGGGAGGAAGACCAAAAAUGAUGUGGGGCUGCCUGGUGUGUCACGGUCCAAGGCCAUCAAGAAGCGCAAUCAAACAUUACUGAAAGAAUAUAAAGAAAGAGAAAAGACAAAUGUAUUUAAAGAUAAACGUUUUGGUGAAUAUAACACCAAAAUAACUCCCGAGGAAAAGAUGAUCAGACGAUUUGCUCUGGAAAGACAGCAAAAUUAUGGAAAGAAGAAUAUCUAUAAUCUUAAUGAAGAUGAGGAAUUGACUCACUAUGGCCAAUCUUUGGCAGAAAUUGAAAAACUAAAUGAUAUUGUUGAUAGUGACAGUGACACAGAAGAAAGAGGAACACUAUCAGCUGAAUUAACUGCUGCUCACUUUGGAGGGGGUGGAGGCCUCCUUCGUAAAAAAGUAUCAAGUGAGCAGCAAGAUGAAGAAGAGGAAAAACCUAAGUCUAGGAAAGAACUCAUUGAAGAGAUGAUAGCCAAAUCUAAACAAGAAAAGCAAGAGAGGCAAACUCGGAGAGAAAGUACCUUAGAACUGACAGAAAAACUUGACAAAGACUGGAAGGAAAUCCAAACCCUUAUUACUCGCAAACCCCCAAAAUCAGAGAGAAAAGACAAAGAAGUAGAAAAACCCAAGCCUGAUGAAUAUGAUAUGAUUGUUCGAGAACUUGGAUUUGAGAUGAAAGCAAAACCUUCAGAAAGGCUGAAGACAGAAGAAGAAUUGGCCAAAGAGGAGCAGGCCCGACUCCAGAGGCUCGAGGCAGAUCGAUUACGUCGAAUGCGUGGAAUAGAUGAGGAGGCAAAUAAAAAGAGGCCCAGCCACAUGUCAGCGGAUGAUUUAGCUGAUGGCUUUAUCCUGGAUAAAGAUGACAGACGUUUAUUGUCUUACAAGGAUGGAAAAAUUAAUAUUGAAACUGAGGAGGAGAAAGAAGAGGAGGAAGGAGAGGAAGAAGAAGAGGAGGAAGGAGAGGAAGAAGAAGAGCGGGAAGGAGAGGAAGAAGAUAAUGAGAAUGAAGAAGAAAGUCAGGAAGAAUCUGCAAGUGAAGAUGAGGAUGGUGCUGCAGAUAGCCACUCUGAUCUUGAAUCUGAUCUUGAGAGUGAAGAAGAAGCUGCAGGGAAUAAAAAAGAGAAGAAACACAAGGCAAAUGAAAAUGAGCCACAGAAUGUGGAGAAAUUAGAUCCAAAGAGAGAAGCUGCCAAAUCAGAGCUUCCCUAUACAUUUGCUGUUCCUGAGUCCUGUGAGACAUUUAAGUCUUUAUUGGCUGGAAGAACAAUAGAACAACAACUUAUUAUACUGGAGAGGAUUCAAAAAUGCAAUCAUCCAAGCCUUGCAGUGGGAAACAAAGCAAAGUUGGAAAAAUUGUUUGGCUUCCUUUUGGAAUAUAUUGGAGAGUUAGCAGCUCUGGAUUUACCAGAGCUCAGAGCAAUUGACAAACUGGUCCUGCCAUUGUACAAUCUUUGCCAGAUGUUUCCUGAGGCAGCCAGUGACAGUAUCAAGUUUAUCCUUCGAGAUGCUGCACAUGAUCUGGAAGAAGUAAUUGAAGUCAAAGGCCGUGCAACAUUUCCAGGUUUAGACACGCUUAUUUAUUUGAAAAUUGUAUCUCUACUGUUUCCAACUUCUGACUUCUGGCACCCUGUUGUAACACCUGCUUUUAUGUACAUGAGUCAGCUACUUACUAAGUGUCGGAUUACAACAUUGCAAGAUGUUAUUAAAGGGUUAUUUGUAUGCUGUUUGUUCCUGGAAUAUGUAUCUUUCUCCAGAAGAUUUGUACCAGAACUCAUCAAUUUCCUUCUUGGAGUACUUCACAUCUCUCUACCCAAAAACCAGGCCCAGGGUGAGUUUGUUUAAAGUAAACAAGUAUUUAGUUUAGAGUCUGCUUUAGUAUUGGGGUUUAUCUUUUAAAUUUUCUAAAUACAAAUAUUUCACACUGAUUUCAUUGUUUUUGAACAAAAGGCCA